AUGCACAGCAGCAGCUUGGAAGGACCUGCUUUCCAUUUUAUAUUUUUUUUUCUCUUUUUAACCUGUGCUGCCUCAGGUGCCCAGCCAGGGGUGAGCCCAGCUGCUGUGCUGGCCAUGAACACCACACGCUCUGCAUUCUCCUUGCAGCCCCUGCUGCUGAACGCCAGCGAGGACCUCAACGACUCCGUCCCCACCAACCGCAGCGGCGACGGGUUCUGCGAGCAGGUCUUCAUCAAAGCCGAGGUCUUCCUGACCCUGGGCAUCAUCAGCCUGCUGGAGAACAUCCUGGUCAUCCUGGCAGUGCUGAAGAACGGCAACCUGCACUCCCCCAUGUAUUUCUUCCUCUGCAGCCUGGCCGUGGCAGAUAUGCUGGUGAGCAUGUCCAACGCCCUGGAGACCGUGAUGAUCGCCAUCCUCAGCAGCGGCUACCUGAUCAUCGACGACCACUUCAUCCAGCACAUGGACAAUGUCUUUGACUCCAUGAUUUGUAUUUCUCUGGUAGCCUCCAUUUGCAACCUCUUGGUCAUAGCCAUCGACAGGUACAUCACUAUUUUCUAUGCCCUCCGUUACCACAGCAUCAUGACGGUGAAGAAAGCCCUGACCCUCAUUGUGCUCAUUUGGGUGGCGUGCAUCAUCUGUGGCAUCAUUUUCAUUGCCUACUCGGAGAGCAAAACUGUCAUUGUGUGUCUCAUCACCAUGUUCUUCACCAUGCUGCUGCUGAUGGCCUCGCUGUACGUGCACAUGUUCCUGUUUGCCCGCCUGCACGUCAAGCGCAUCGCGGCGCUGCCCGUCGAGGGCGUGCCCGCCCAGCGCACCUGCAUGAAGGGCGCCGUCACCAUCACCAUCCUCCUGGGGGUCUUCAUCGUCUGCUGGGCGCCCUUCUUCCUCCACCUCAUCCUCAUCAUCUCCUGCCCCAUGAACCCCUACUGCAUCUGCUACACGGCGCACUUCAACACCUACCUGGUGCUGAUCAUGUGCAACUCCGUCAUUGACCCGCUCAUUUACGCCUUCAGGAGCCUGGAGAUGAGGAAGACUUUCAAAGAAAUCGUGUGUUGCUGCUAUGGCAUGAGUGUGGGACAGUGCAUGCUGUAA